AUGGACCGCCCCGACGACGAGGGCGCGCGCACCCCAAAGCGCCCGCGGGUCGACAGCGGAAGCGGCAUUCACGAGUUUCUCUCCAUCGACCAGGCAGCCACCCCCGCGCAUGCCCUGGUCGCACCUUCCUCCCACGCGGCGCACAACUCCAACUCCGACUCAAGUUCCAAUCCUUCCCCCAGCAAAGUCACCAUCAACGUGAAAUCUUCCACCCGCGACAUGACGCCAGAGUCCAACGAAGACUCAUCGGCGCACCCACCACCCGAUAGCCCGUCACAAUCUCCCGUAUGUGACGCGACUCCUCCCCACGCGAUCUCAGUCUCCUCCUCGCCGGCCCAGAGCCCGCACAUCGAAAUCGCCGAUCCUGAAGACAUGGAGCAGGACACGGAUAACACCAACACAAACUGGCGGCCUCUCACCGAGGCCAUGAUGGAGGGCACCCAGCCGGAAAUCAUUGAUGUGACCGAUUCAGACUCGCUGAUCGACUCGUUCCCGCAAUUUAAUGGCGACAUGACCGUCAUGGCCAGCCUUUCGCGAAUCUGCCUGGCCGUCGAAAAAAGCGACGACGCGGCAGCCGAGUUCUUGCGCGCGGUCAAGCUGUGGUUCGAUAACUGCACCCGCAACCUACACGAACUGACAUCUGCAGCAUAUGCUCAAGAUCAAGAUUUCUGGCCCAACCUGCCCCUUGUCAUCGAGAAUCUUCUUCGCAGCCAAUUCGUCCUCCCCAUGGACCAAGGUGAAGGCGAGCUCGCCUUUCUCCGGGACCUGUUUUUGGAUUACGUGCAAAUCACCCUCCGCCUGGUCGAAGAGGACAUCCACGUCUUGCGCCAGCUGGCUGCCAAGUCUGACGACGUGCGAGCCCCGGCCAGUAUGUCCCUGCCGUAUUUGAGAACCUUGACCUUCCUGGUGUCAUCCCGUGGAAUCCCCUUCUACAGCGCCCUGGAAGAAGAAUACAACACCGAGGCCCGAAUCUUCAUCCUUGAUCUCCGAGCUCAAGUCCUGGCACCCCCGCACAAUGCCACCGAAAAGCUCGCCAAGUACUGCACUAUCGCCCUUGAGCUUGCGCCCGAAAACCACCACAUUGUCGUCAUCCCACAGCAAAUCAUGAUGUUGAUCAACCAACUCAUCGAUCGCCCCGUCAAUCCCGAUUUGUUGGAUCAUGAGGAUCCCAUCUCCCAUCCGUCUUCAAAUGCUCCCGCUAUCGACCAGUCCUAUGAGAUCAUGACAUCGAUUCAGGUCAAAUACAAUGAGUGGGUUGCAAAGAAGUAUUCUUGGAUCACCAGCGACAUGAGCGAUCAGAUCCUCCGCCAGGUGCCAAACGCUAUGUCAUCCUUCUGUGGAUGGGGCAAUCGAUACGUCCAACGACUCGCAAAGGAUCUGUCGAUCGAACUACCCGAGGGAACGACCCGUCCCGAAAAUUCCCACAUCCUCAACCAGGCGUGGAAAUUUGACACACUCAAGCGGCAAAUCAUGGAGGGCCGGAUGGAGCUUCGUGUUCACGGCAUGGAGACAAUGCAACGGGAGCUGCAUGCGCUCUGUGCCAGCUUUUUCACCAGGUCUCCUAACGGGCAUGAUGUCCCCUCUGUCCGCUAUCUCAUUCGAUUCGUCAAGGAAAACAAGCUUGUGGAAUACCUGGUCGGUGUAGAUUCGCACUCUCAGUUGAUCACCCGGAGCAGCAACAUUCUCUUAUUCCUGGUCGUGACGCACUCAUACACCGACCACGAGACAGAUGUUAUCUGGAGGGCUAUCGCCGAAAGCCAAGACAACAGAGUCACCUCUGACAUCUUGGAAAUGUUGACCGCAGGCCUCCUCGCGCACCCAUUCCUCACUGCCCCUGGGGACUUGCGCUAUAUUUGUGCGAAGCUCUCGAGUCUUCCUCUGGCCCGCUUUGACUCGCGGAUGAUGGAGUUUGUGGACAAACUUCUGGGCACGUUUGUGGGCCCUCCUGACAGCCAGGGCCAGGAUACAUCCAACCAGACUGAAACAGACGCCGAACAUGCCCAUGCAAUCCCGUUGCGCCUCUGCGUGCAUCUGAUUCGGGAAUGCGCUACGGCGGUCGAUCUUCCGGUGGACCAGAGGACGCAGCUGCAGAGCCUGGUCUGCACCCGGCUUGCGCAGCUCAGCCGAUCCGGCAUCAGUGAGGCUGAUCGCAUGCAGCUGUAUGAGCGCUGCAUCAAAGACAUCGCCGACAAUAACGAGUUCAGGACUGGCAGCAUCCACUCCAUCUACGCCAUGAUCUCCUGCUGGAGCUCAGCAGAGCUGAGAAAGCUGACGACCGAAUUCGAUUUGGCAAGACUCGUCAUCAACGAACUGCGGCAUACCGUGGAACAAGGGGACUUGGACCUUGCCGACAACUAUUCUGUGCAUGGUCUGAAGGCGCGCAAUGCAUUGAUUCUGCGCCUCAUAAAUCAUGCCACGGAGACUGUGACCGCAGAUCUUGCGAAGGCGUUCUGGAACGAUAUCCUUCUGUCGCCCAGGAUGGGUGCCUUGGGACAUACACUGGUUUGGAAUAUCAUGAUCGCUGCCGCGAACCAAAGCGCCAGUAGUGGGACCCGGAACUCGUUCUUGGAGCGGUGCAUCCACGAGUACAUGCCUGCUCUGACGCCCAAGCACUAUGACAUCGAGCUUAUGCACUUCGCCAAGGCCGCUCUCAAUUAUCAAAUUCGAUUGAAACUGCUUCCGGCUGCUCGUGAGGGGGAGAAAGCUGCGUCAAACGACGAGAUCCUGUCCAUUCCGGGAAUGGAUUGCUUCUGGGACUUUAUCUUGACCGCCCCAGCGAACUCGAUCGAGAUUCAAGCGACGAAGUUUGCCAUCGAGGUCUAUCUUGACCACUUCAUCAUCAAGCAGGCUCCACGGUCCGCUGUCCAUGCUACUCACGUUGCGAUUGUCGAUCGCUGCGUGGAUCAGCUCAAGACGGCCGCCGCGCGCAUCCGGGCCAAGACUGAUGCAGUCCCCAGGGGCAAUACAGAUACAGCCAUGGAUAUUGCUGGCGAUGAGGACCCGGCCGAACUCAUGUUCAGCCGCUCGCUUCUGUUCCUGAAAGGGUUCCUUGAUGGCCUCCGAUCCCGUCCCCAGUACACUUCUCCUCGACGCCAGUCGCUCAACCUGCCUGACACACCGAUGAAAGGCCAUCCGAUGACUCUGUCCUGGCAAUCGUUCACCGGCUCCUCUAAUUCGGAGGUUCAACAGCUCCAGAUUGGCAGAUCUUCGACAAAGGCAGAACUGGUGGAACAGCUGCGUCAGCUCACUGGUUUCUCGAAAUUCGAUUUGAUCUGCUCGGGCACCCGUAUGGACAUAGUCAAGGAUCCCGAUACCCCUCUGCGGGAUCUAGAGAAAGCGCUCGGGGGUUUUGUCAUGGUUCGAAACAAAUCAGGACCUGAGGAGGUGAAAUCUACCGACGUGUUGAAGGGCCACUCGGUGACACUGAUGGAUGGUGAAGUAAAAAAGCAUUUUGAUGUCAUUUACGAUUGCCUGUCACUCAAGCAAGAACCAGCACGCCAGACAUAUGGGUUCCUCGUUGCAUUUCCCCCGGCCGACUGGGUUAUUGCCCGUGCCAAGUCUCUAAAGAGCACGGCAGACGAUCUGUUGCCCUUCGACAAGCCCUAUGAGGCCCUCUACAUGCUGCAUACAAUGAGUACAUGUCUUCGGGAUGAAGGAUCCGAGGUGGGUUGGAACCCUGACACACUGUCUGACACAUUAGAUUUGUUCGAGUGGGAUUCUGAUGAGGAUGCAAAUCAGCUUACUCCAGAGUAUGAAUACAUUCGGCAUGUCAUUGGUAUUUGGGAGAAAUUCUUGUUGGCCGACGAGCUCGCUGAGCCCUUGUUUGAGGACCCAAUCAAGCUCUGCCUCGCGACGACGGCCAUUGGUCUCCUUUUGGAGGCUAUUACCGGUGAGUUCUUCGCCAUGCCUGCCCCUGCGCUGAGUGACGUUGACGACCACGAAACAAAAGUGUACGGUCGCGAUGAUGACGAUCUUGUACUCUAUUCGGACCGAGAACUCUUUGUCAAGCGACUUCUGGGUUUCAUCGACAUGGCCCGAUCUAAUACCGACCCUGCCGAGGCUCAAAAUGCGCAGAGCCUAAUGUGCGGCUCUUUCUCUGUUAUCGUUGAAAGCGCGAUCCGCGAUCGCGUGUUUUGGACGACGCUGAAGAAGGAAGCACCACUCGAUGACCUGAUUCGAUACCUUCUUCUGGAGCAAACUUCGCAGUCAGGCCGCAUUUCUGUCGCUGGCCGAAUCAAGCUCGUGUCCGGCUCAACCAAAACCUCGAAGGGAGCAAAGGACGCUCAGGAGGGGUCUUCUCCGUUGGCUCGGGCGGAGAACCCAUCCCAAAUCGACAUGCUUGCAACUUUCUGGCAGUCGUUGGUCAAGGCUCUGCCCAAGACCCUGGAUUUCGCAACUCAAUCCGCGGAGUUUUAUGAGAUUGCCGUCCAGGUUCUCGCUUUGAUCGCUGGAAUGUCCCCCGAGGACGUUGUUCUUGGUGAAUAUGUGAAGCCAUGGAGUGAUAUCUUGUUUGAACGAUUGGCCAAAUGCCCAGCAGAGUUCGUGGGCCGUGAAACAGCGGAUGAUCUCGUUUUGGGUCUUGCCACACUCCUCGAAAAAUGUCUCCAAUUGACCGAGGAGUCCGAGUUUGACUUCGAGACCGAUGGUAUUGGCGAACGGAUUUUGAACGAUUAUCUGUUCCCCGACCUCUCGCCAGACCAUAGUGAUUCCUCCGCCGAUGACAUUAUUCUUGUCCCACGCGUUCCCAUUCUUCACUCGGCGACUCGGCACAAGCUUCUUGAAAUCGUUGAUCAGCUCUCCAAGAGAAACGAUCAAAACACAGUGGGCAUACUCCAGCAAUUGGUGGCCCUUAUUCCUCGAGGUCAGCAAACGCCAAGGUUCCACGAUGAUUUCCCCAUCAGGUUUACUGACAGAUGGGGCAAAGACACCCAGUACAAUGCAUCAUCAGGUUGGACUCUAGAUCGUGACAAGACAAUUCGAGCUCCAGCGGGCUAUGCGGGCCUUGGAAAUCUUUCCAACACCUGCUAUCUCAACUCGCUCAUGACGCAGCUAUUUAUGAACGUCGAGUUCCGAGACUUCAUGUUCAAGCUUAACCUCCUGGACCCCAACGGCUCCCAGAAACUUCUUGCAGAGACGCAGAAUGUUUUUGCACUCUUGCAGAAUUCUUGGUUGAAGAGUUUCGAUCCGCUGGAGUUUGUUGAAAGCAUUCGCACCUACGAAAAUGAGAACAUCGAUGUCACCAUCCAGAUGGACGUCGAUGAGUUCUACAACCUUCUUUUCGAUCGGUGGGAAGGCCAGAUCAUCGACAACUCAACCAAGAAACGGUUGCGGUCCUUCUAUGGCGGUGAACUUGUUCAGCAGAUCAAGUCCAAGGAGUGUCCUCAUGUCUCCGAGAGAUUUGAGCCGUUUUCGGCCAUUCAGUGCGAAAUCAUCGGAAAGGCAAGCCUUGAGGAUAGUCUUCAGGCAUAUGUCGAAGGUGAAAUCAUGCAAGGAGAUAACAAAUACUCUUGCACUUCUUGCAACCGCCACGUUGACGCUGUGAAGCGGGCUUGCUUGAAAGAUGUACCGGACAAUCUCAUCUUUCACUUGAAGCGGUUUGAUUUCGACAUGAUCAAUAUGGUCCGGAACAAGAUCAAUGAUCUGUUCAAGUUCCCCCUGCAGAUUGAUAUGGCUCCGUACAACGUUGCCUAUCUCGCCGAUCCACAGACUCCGGCUGAACCGGAUAUCUUCGAGCUCGUCGGCGUCCUCGUCCAUGCCGGCACGGCAGAAACCGGACACUACUACUCUUACAUUCGUGAGAGAACCUCUGAAGGUGAUUCGCCUGCCUGGGUUGAGUUCAAUGACUCACUGGUGUCCCGGUUUGAUCCUGCCGACAUUCCGGAGCAAUGCUUCGGUGGUAGCACUACGGGUAGUUACCAGAUGAUCAAAUCCAACAAUGCGUACAUGCUGUUCUACCAGCGCGUUUCGUCCAUCGAGAAAUGCAAGGGAAUUUUCAAGCCUGUCAACUCUGGUCCAGCCGGUUGCACGUCGGUUCCGACAGUCCUGGCCAAUCCGAUCGCCAUGAACAAUGAACUGUUCAUUCGGACCUAUUGUCUUUUCGACCCGGCUUAUGCCCAUCUGGUGACGGAUCUGCUUCGGCAUGUCCAUGACAUGUCUCCCGAUCAUCCCGAAAAGGAGAGGGUUAAACUUGUGGCCGUGGAUAUCGGAAUGGACACAUUCGAACAGUUGAUCGCUAGAAACAAGGACCAUCGCGGAACGAGGGAACUCAUCUAUGAGAUUUCCCGGUUUGCGCGACAAGAAGGCCCGGCGAUGCGGCUUUUGGAUUGGGUUAUCGAUCAUGAAUCCUCGCUCAACAAUCUGGUCAUAAAAACCGCAAGUGCAGAGGUCCGAAAAGCGGGAUUGGAACUGAUCUUGAUCGUACUGGAGGAUUAUCACAAAUUUGCUUUUGAUCCCCCGCCCAGUGCGAAGAAGGAAUCUGCUAGUCAUCAACGCAAAGCCACUGAAAUAGUCCGUACUUUCAUCGGUCAUUUUGAACGCAUGUGGUGGAGUAUUCUAGCGAUGCCACGUGCCUGGGAUGAUUAUUUCGCGGGCCUUGUUUCGCUCUUGAAAAUCGACAUGCGCCAGAUCGAUACAUUCCUGGAUUAUGGCAUGCUUACCAAGUUCUUGGAGCUUCUCAACGUUGAUCCUCAGAACAAGGGAAUACUGAGAGGCAACUACCUCAACCAUGCCAGGCUGUUGGAGAAGGGUCGUCGCUUCUCCUAUCGACACCUUCUUCAACUAGUCGCAACUCUCCUGAUGAAGGUUGAUCUCUCACGUCCUCCCAUUCCUGCAGACGCCCCUCGGGUUAUUUCGAAUGGAAAAUACCCACCCACCGAAACGGAGGCCAGAUUGCUUCUGUCCGUGGCUGAGGAAGGAUACAUAUGUCUGCUGAUGAAACUUCUUUCGAGUGCGCACACGGCAAAAUUACAAGACGUUCUCCCCAUCCUUGGUGCCUAUCUCGAAUCUGAGCCUGCAGCGGGCUACCUGGAGUUCAUCGUGAAGACGUUGGAGAUUGGCGUGCGCUUCAACUCUGACUUUUGCAUUCCUUUCCUUGAUGCCACGGUUGUAUUCUGUGAGCUCACUCCUGAUGCAGGCAGCAUUCUGGGUCUUAUCAACUACGUUGCUAUGGGCAUCGACCUUCAUCGCCCAGUUGCUGCACUGGAACACAGCGAAUUCUUCACAAGUAUCUCGCAGAUAACCAAUGCCAGAAUUGGACUAUCGCCUGAUUGGUUCUUUGGUGCGGUGCAAGACCGCCUUCCCGACUUUGCUCCGGCGCUUUUGAUCGAUGUAAAAACCGCAGUUCGUCAACAGAUGUAUCAACUCGUUCAACGUCUGCUUUUCCCUGCUAUUACGCCGGCGGAUCCAGACGAUACCGAUGAGGCCGAGAAACAGGCCAAGGCGCGUCGUGCACACAUUGCCCACGAACUGGCUCCUGCUUGCAUGGCAACCAUCACGACUCUCGCCUUUGAAGUUGCGGAACGCCAAAUGCGCCUAGAUCAAUUCGAAAUCCUGUCGGCUCUCGUUCAUCAGUGUUUCCACGCCUACUACGAUGCUAGCCAUCCUGACGAUUCUAAGGAAAUCGAGGAUUCUACUCGUAAGUUAAACUUCCAGAGCUUCAACCUCACUCUUAACGCAGCCAACCAACCUUUUCUAGAUAUGCUGGAGACCCUUGAAUCACGAACGCAGCCUGCCCCCGACGACUACGCUUCAGGAUCGGACGGUCCCGACGCUGAUUGGGACACAUGCGGCAACUCCCCUGUUGCGAGCGAAGACGAUCUCGACGUCGGUCACGCCUACCCCGACAGUCCCUAG